AUGAAGCUGCACUUCUGCAUCCCGGUGACCCAGCAGCUGCCCGACGCUCUGGGGGGCCGCUAUGUGCUCUACUCCGUGUACCUGGAUGGCUUUCUCCUCUGCAGGCUGCGCUACAGCCAGCUGCACAGCUGGAACCAACAGCUAAAGCGAGUCUUUGGAAACUACCUACCCCGCUUCCCACCAAAGUACUAUCUGGCAAUGACCACAGCAAUGGCUGAUGCAAGGCGGGACCAAUUGGAACAAUAUUUGCAAAAUGUGGCCAUGGACCCUGGAGUGUUGAAGAGCGACAUCUUCAUAGAUUUUUGGAAGCUGGUACAACUGGAAACCUUUCGAAUCAAGCCUGAGCAGGCCUCUCUGGAUGUGCUCUUGCCCAGUGGAAAGAGUGUGAAGGUGGCAGUUCUCACAUCAGACACAGCUGAGAGAGUCCUGGAGGUGCUGUCACACAAAAUGGGGUUUUGUGCUGAGCUCCUGGACUACUUCGGCCUGUUCCUCAUUGGCUUUCGCCAGGACGGGGAGCUCUCUGUCCUGAAGAAACUGGCCAACUUCGAACUGCCCUUUGUUAGUCUUCGAAGUGCUGAAGCAGAAAACUGCAGAGUGGGACUCAGGAAGUGGUACCUGGACCCUGCCCUGGACUCCAGGCUGACCGACUGUAGUGCCACCCUAGGUUUGCUCUAUUCACAGGCAGUCUGGGACAUGGAACAAGAGUGGGCCACACUGAGUUCAGUCCAGAGACAGGAGCUAGAGGCUCACCAGAAAGAAGACCAGCCAAGGAAGUUCCUGGAACAGGCCCGGGGAUUCCCGAACUAUGGGCACUUGCGUCUGGACCCCUGCACCUGUGACUUCCCAGAGCCAGGCUGCGCAGCUGAGCCGGAGGUGGGCAGUGGUGCCCUCCAUUGCCAGGUCACUCUGCCUGAUGGCCAGAAGCAGGACUUCACAUUCCAGAUGAGCAGUGUGCGGUGCUGGCGCGUGACCUUCCGGGGGGCUCUGCUGGGCAAGGACCAGUCUGAGCGAACUCUCCAGAACCUGGAGCUCCAGCUGCAGUGCCUUGAGGGUGGCUGCUGGCGAUGGUUUGUCAUCUACACCAAGCAGGCUUUUUUGCUGAGUAACUGCCUGCAAAAGAUGAUCUCAGAAAAGGUGGCGAUGCUGGCUGCAGGGGACCUAGAAAUGGUUCGCCUGCUUGUUCCCUUGCGGGCCCGCAGCGGGCUUAGCCGCAGUGCUGGAGCCUGUCUGGAGAGGGCGCGCGAGUACUGCCCUGGCCUGCUGGCGCCGUCGCCGGCCUGGAGAGGGCGCGCGAGUGCCGCCGCGGCGUGGGGCCGCUCUGGGCCGGAGGAGGCCGCGCUCGUCUCUGUGGUCAGCCCUCUCCGCUGCUGCCGCCGCCACAGCUGUCACUGUCACCCGGCUGAGCCCAGGUACCUGCCCCGGGGCCAGUGGGCCCGCACCGGGGAUCGAGGGGCGAUCGAGGGGCCCUGCGUCUCCCGGGCUCCGGGCCGUGCCUGCAGCCCUCGUCGCCCGGUGCAAGACCGGCUGGGCCGGGCCCCUGAGGUAGGCCGGGGCCUGUCCUCCGGGGCUCCCUGCCAGGCCCCCUUUGCAGAGGGAGGAUUUCCCCCCAGUGGCCGGACCCCAACCUGA